UUAUAUUUUAAUCCACUUUUUUAUAAUAAUACACCUAUCAAUCUCAAAAUCUUGAUUACGCCUAGUCUGAUCUAAAACUAAAAUGCUAUAAAUUAUAGCUCUGAGGUUGUUCAAGACUUGAAAGCAUAAUGGUGUCAUCACUUGUUUCAUUGAUUUCCAAGAAAAUAAUCAAACCUUCUAUCCUCACUCCUCCUACUAAAAAAUCUCACAAACUUUCAUUUGUUGAUCAAGUUAUGCAUAUGUCUAUUCCUAUGGCAUUUUUCUACCCAAAAAUUGGUAACUAUGAACCUACACAUGUGCCUCAAAUUCUUGAAAACUCACUCUCAAAACUUCUUUCAUUUUAUUAUCCUUAUGCUGGAAGAUUGAAUAAAGAUGAUGCUAAUUAUGUUGAUUGUAAUGAUAUGGGAGUUGAGUUAUCACAUGUUCAUGUACAUUGUCCCAUGUCUCAUAUUCUUAGACAACCAUACACCAAUAGUGAUCAUGUUGUUUUUCCUGUUGAGCAACCUUAUGCCCACAUGAAUGAAGGAAAUUUAGCUACAACUCAAGUACGGUAUAACUUUCCGAUGAAGGGUAUUCACUUGCGCAUCCUUCGUUAGCUGUAGCUCCGCCCCUGAUUCACGUGAAUUCAAAUUAUAUUUAAAUAUUUGAAUAAUAUUUUUUUUUACUACUCCAAUACAAAAAAAAAUUAAGAAAAUCAAACAUUUCCAUGUCAUACCAAACACGUAAUUUCAAAAGACUGAUAUAAAGUUAAAAAAAUAACACUCUUUUAUUUCACGCACCUCAUCUAGUCACAUUUUCUAUUAUUUUUUUU